AUGAACGCUGUUUAUGCAGUGUGCGUACUGCUCUUGGCAGUAACGGUCGACUGCCAGAACCCCGUCUGCUACCAUCCUGGAAUCACGAACUGCCAGCCACCUAGUGGGGGCUGGCUAAUGGCAAUGGAGGAGUCCAGACUCCGCGCCCAGGGAAGAGAACCGACCAUCGCCGAGCUGGAGGUCCCGAAGAAAAUCUACUGCGACUGUUGCUGCAAGCAGGUUCCGACGUGCAGGCACGGCGAGGCAGUUUGCGGCGGACCUCGCUCUUGCGAGAUCAACAGCUGUUACCAAUGGAUACUAGCGAAUGCAGCAGCGGACGGUUCGCCGGAGACUCCGGGAUACACGGCGAAGAUUUUGACCGCAGCUCUGUAUAGACAGAGGGAGGAGCUGUAUCGGGAGCGGAGCGAGCUACAGGGUUUGAUGGAGAGUCUCGCUAGGACGAGCUCCGACGGAACUCACUCACUGACCGGUGCCGAUACGUACAAACCCGGCGGAUUCGAGACUGAGGAGGAAGAUAACCCCUUCCUGGCAUUUCAGAAUGCUUGACACUGAUUUAGCAUAUUAUUAUGUAGCAUAGCUCUGACAGAUCAACUGUGGUUUUGUUUACAACGACGUGCGUAGCCGCUACUCAGCG